GCCAGUUACGCUGAAUCUUGUAGCAGUGUUAGUCUACAGAACAAAAUGCAAGAACCGAGUGAAAAUCUAUACUAGGUAAAAUAACCCAUUUUUGGCUAUUUUCAUCAAAAAUUAAAAAGUUUAUCACUCAGUCAAAAUUUAUCCGAGCUACUUCAGGGUAUCAAGAUAUGCUUUAUUUACUGUAUAGUUAAAAAUCGGUUAUUUCAACUAGUAUAGAUUUUUACUCGGAAGAAUAUAAAAGUCCCGAAGCAAAAUGAAACUUUUGUUUAAAGCUCAUUUUGCAGAAGACACUUUGAACUAUCUAUGUAUGGAAAAAAUCGAUAGAUUGCUAUGUAAAAUGUUUGAGUUAGAAACUGGUUUUGCAAAGAACAUCUGAAAAAACGUUUCUGCUUGUAAAACUAUUUAUUAAACUGUCUUCUUUCGACUGCCGAAACCACAAGUCUCUAUCUUUUAAAUUUAUCAUCUUUGAAUAUUCAAAAAGCAACUAGUGGGCUCAUAUUUUGGGAUGGAUAAACGACAUUUAUCGAUAAUGAGUUAGUUUUCAUGAAAGAACAACCUCUGAAUGUUGUAAGAUUUUUUGACAGACGCCUGGCGAAAGUCGUUCUAAUGGAAGUAGCUUAAUUGAUUUUGGGUUUGAUAUGUUUAGAAAACUUUUUAGAUGAACAAAACAUUCCUGAAUGUUCAGCAACACGGGCUUAUUACGCUAGUUUAUUAAAACAAAGUCAAUGCUUAAACAUAAAUGAGUUUCUCGAAUUUGAUGUUAGUGAAGCACCAGCAGAUUUUAUUCAAGAAAUCGAAAACAUCCGACAAGAUGAAACAGCAAGAGAAAUAGACACCGGAAAAAAAUUAGUUCGAGCGUUGAAGGACACCAAAGACAAUACUGAAUAUACACAAAGUUGCUCGGUUCCAAUAUUUUCUGCAACAUUUCAAAAAAAACGACCGGAUAUAUCCAUUUUUCCAGAUGAUGUUCAUGAUGAAUCAAAGUAUUUACCGUUCAAUAUUGUUACCAUAAUUGAAUUAAAGAAAAGAACAAAAGCUCAUCUUGCAUUAGAUCAGAUUGAUGUAGCACAACUAAUGGAAUAUCUUGGUAUGUUGAACUAA